CGGGAUUGUUGGUAAAAUACAAUAUCCAAACAAUCAGUGGGGGAAUUAUAUACGAUUUUAUGAUUUUAAGUUUAAGUAAUCAACUUGAAAUACUAAAAGAUGGUAGUUUUAUGUGGAACAUUUUUGUAUAGGAACACAGUAAUGCGUAUGAAUCUCUGCGAUAUAUUUUUGUUCUUCGCCUCCAGUCUUACUGUCGCCAGCUUUCAGCAUAGACUCUGUGGGCCAUGCAGUUGAACGCGGCAACGUAAAACGAAAUUAGCAUUUAAUAUCUAUUUUCAAGGUUAGGACACCCGUCUGCUCUUACACAGUGUUGUUGCUAAGCUGACCUUUCAACGUAAGAACAGAGAACCAGGCUAUAAUCCAAGCAGGCGCGUUUCUUCUGUGUGACAGCCAGCAACAGCAGCCAGUCCUGUCUUGCUAUGUCCACAAUUUCCACCCUGAAUAGUCUGUUCACCUUCACCAGUCCAGCAGUCAAAAGGCUGCUGGGCUGGAAGCAGGGAGAUGAGGAGGAGAAAUGGGCCGAGAAGGCAGUAGACUCCUUGGUGAAGAAGCUGAAGAAGAAGAAGGGGGCACUAGAGGACCUUGAGAAAGCUUUAAGCUGCCCAGGACAGCCUAGCAAGUGUGUGACCAUUCCCAGGUCUUUAGAUGGUAGACUGCAGGUGUCCCAUAGGAAAGGAUUGCCCCAUGUUAUCUACUGCAGGGUGUGGAGGUGGCCGGAUCUACAGAGUCACCAUGAACUGAAACCUUUGGAGAUCUGCGAGUAUCCAUUCAGCGCCAAACAGAAGGAAGUCUGUAUCAAUCCAUAUCAUUAUAAAAGAGUGGAAAGUCCAGUGCUGCCCCCAGUGUUGGUGCCACGGUACAGUGAGUAUCCCCCAGACCACACAGGACAGCUAGCACCAUUCCAGCAGGUCCCAGAACCCACUAUGCCAUACAAUGUAAGCUUUCCACAUGGAUUUGGACCCUCCUCGCCAGCCAGUUCCGGACCUGGGAGCCCAUAUGGUCUACCUGCUGACACUCCUCCCCCUGCCUACCAGGCCCAUGAUGACAACCAGUCAUCCCCAGCAUCCCAACCCAGUCCUUCAGGAACUCAGAACAACAAUUUAGGCGGGGCAGGCUCCACACCAAUGGACACAUCUGCACCACCUGCUAGAACUUUACAGCCAGUUGCCUACCAAGAACCCAAGUUUUGGUGCAGUAUAGUGUACUAUGAGUUAAACAACCGUGUGGGAGAAGCCUUCCAUGCCUCCCUGUCCCAUGUUGUUGUGGACGGGUUCACAGACCCCUCCAAUAAUGGAGAAAGGUUCUGUCUUGGAUUGUUGUCAAAUGUGAACAGGAAUUCUACCAUUGAGAAUACCAGAAGACAUAUUGGCAAAGGUGUACACUUAUACUACGUGGGUGGAGAGGUGUUUGCUGAAUGUCUCAGUGACAGCAGUAUAUUUGUCCAGAGCCGUAACUGCAAUUACCAUCAUAAUUUCCAUCCCACCACUGUUUGUAAGAUUCCACCAGGGUGCAGUUUAAAGAUCUUCAACAAUCAAGAAUUUGCUGCUCUGUUAAGUCAGUCUGUAAACCAUGGUUUUGAGGCAGUGUAUGAACUGACUAAAAUGUGCACUAUCCGCAUGAGUUUUGUCAAGGGAUGGGGUGCAGAAUACCACAGACAAGAUGUCACAAGCACUCCAUGUUGGAUUGAAAUUCAUCUCAAUGGACCGCUACAGUGGCUAGACAAGGUGUUAACACAAAUGGGAUCUCCUCAUAAUCCAAUCUCAUCAGUGUCAUGACCCCAAAAAGGAAACUCUUGUAGCCUAUGGAUCUUUAGACUUUGUCAAUAACUUGAUCCCUCAUCACGGAUCAAGUGUUACAGGUUUUUAAUGUGCGAGUCAUGUUUCCAGAGGUCUAGCUUUCAAACUGACCUGUACUGAGGUUUGAACUGCUGUUAUGAUUGUCAAAUUUGGAAGACUGCUUACUGAGAAGAUGAUUGAAAUUGUUGCUUGUAUUGAUUGUGGAAACUUUGUGAGGAGUAAACAAACCCAUGGUAGGGUGGCUCAGCUUGUUGCUCCAAUUUGAAAUGUGGUACAGAGCGAUGACUAGAACGAAAAAAGCUUUCAUCUCCACAAGAUGUGUGUGAGUGCUAAAAGGGAAAAUUGUUCAGUGGCAAGAAAAUAUUAAACCAAAAAGAAAAACACUAAUUUGCUGAGACAUCUUAGGAAGUGCCAUACCACCUGCUGCCAACAGAGGCAUGCAUGAUCCCAUACGCUGCCACCAGAGCACAAAACCCGACAUUUUAGAUAGCAUAAAGAAGCAAGGCCACUUGGGGCCAAUAUUAGAGUUCAGCAUCAGUUUUUGAAGGUUAUAGAUGCACAGAGUUACAGCCCUCCCAAAGCCUUGUGAACAAUUGAUUUGAAAUCUCGUUAAAAGAUGUACUUUUGAUGCUAUUGUUUAUAUAGAUGGGGGGAUAAAAAAAAGUAGCUCUUUGUUUAAAAAUAGCUUUUUUUUCCAAAAUGAUUUUUAAAUGAUGAAAAGCUUACGUAUUUAAAUCAUAUUAUUCAAGCAAAGCUGACCAAUCUUUUUAACUCUAAAUAGAAAAUGGCCUGAAUAGAUUUGGUGCAAAAGGCUCAUAAUUUUUUAUACCUUUUUAAGAUGUAAGCCAAAGAGUAUGGCUCUAAUGAGUGUUCCUGAAAGCCCAUGCCAUACUAUUAAGGAGUAAUUGUAUCUAGGCUAAACUUUUUGCAAAACUUUGUGAUUUUUAUUGAGCUUAUUGUUUUUAUUUUUUUUUUAUAGCUGAAUGGGUUGCAAUUGUAGUCAUUUCAGCUUUAAUAUCAUACUGCUGACAAUGUAUGUUAACAUGUAACUGUUGGACCCUAUGUAUUCAAGUUACUUGGUUUCUUGUAGCACUGCUAUAAAUGGGCUAUCUGUCAUGCAUUGUCAUUGGUGUCCGUCUUACAUUGUCAUCCGCAACGAUUUAACAUUUUUAAGUACCACAGUAAUUAACUGUACAGAGUAACAGUGAUAUAAUCCAUAGAUUCCCUUUUUUCGUGGAAUUCCAAUUCCAAAUAUUGAAUUAAGGUUUUAAUGGUUUUUAAUUUUAUUCUUUUUAAUUUAAAGUAGAAAUUAAAAGGCUUGUGGUUACCUGUAAUGGCUGUAAGGUUUAUUUUAGGGGAAAUCCUUAAAAUGGUAGAGGGAAAUGUCUGCUGCAGAAAGUGAAGUUUACUUAUGAUUAAAUGUUUUAUUGAUAUUAAGAAUAAUUUUGCAUUUGCACUAGCUUUUGAAAAUGUGGAUCUUUAUUUCAACUGUUGGCCAAUGGCUUCUUAAGCAAAGUUGCUUUACACCAAUUGAGAAAUAGUGCAAUAGGCACACAAAACUGUGUACUUGGAAUAACCAAAUACCAUAAAAUGGUGCCAAGAUUUUUGGUGAAGUAAGUUUAUUUUUUACCUUGCAUAGCUGUAUUUUUUGUAAAACUGAGAUUUCGCUUCAACAUUGUCAGUUUUACAGUGAUGGUGUAACUUUGGGUGGGGAGGGCGCAUUUUGUAAAUCAUACCUGCAUGUGAUGCUCAGUAGUUGAUUAAGGGUUUCCUUCUGGGUUCCUUUCAUAGGGAUAUAUGCCCAUUUUACUGGGUAUUCCAAAACCAGUUGAAAAAUGGGAUUAUCCAAGAAUUGGAUGAUAAACAAUUGCCUGUUAGGUUGUAUAUUUUGAUGAGAGUUCUUAAGUUUAUUCAUAAAUCAUGUUAUAAUUUGCCUCAUAUUUCCAAAACAAUGAAAUUGAGUCUUGAUCAAAUUUAUGUAUUUAGGAAAUGGUAAUGAUGUUGCUUAGAUUUGUCUUAACCUUUGUAUGCUAGAGUAGAGAGAACAAAGUAGCUGUAAUAUUGGCCACUGCUGAUGUAUUUACAAACAUUUUGUAAUAAACAAAUAUAUACUUA